AGCAUAGCCUAGCUUGUAUCUAAUAUCUGCUUUGAAGUCAAUUUAUUUCGCCUAGACUGCGUUCAGUUUAACGUUAUCACCACCGGAGACUCUCUUGGCAGUAGGUGACGCUGUGACUUUAGUUAGCCAACAAUAUUGAUGCAGAGAGGAAGAAGAAGAAGCCGUCAUGGUUCUGUCUGAUAGCUUUUGAGCCGGCUAAUGUCAUUUGUUGUUAAAAUUGCAUCUCUUAGACUAACUACGACCCGUUGUAUGGGACCGAAUAACAAUAAUCCUUCAAGCUAAGUAAUGUCACCCGCUUGACCUGCAGUGAAUCUGGCUUUGCUUUGUGCUUGUUGCUCAAGAUGAAUCGUGCAAAGCCAACAACUCUCAGGCGCCCCAGUGCUGCAAAACCAUCAGGUCACCCUCCAACAGGAGACUUCAUUGCUCUCGGUUCGAAAAACCAGAGUGGAGACCCUAAACCCCCCGCUGUCCUGCUGAAGCCAGCAUCCACAAGUUCAACUGCUGACCGUAAGAGAGAGACUUCCUCCGCUCUGCCCUCUGCAGGUCUAUCUGGACUCACCAAGCGACCCAAACUAUCCACCACCCCCCCAGUCAGUGCUCUCGGACGACUUGCUGAUGUUGCUGCUGUUGACAAGAGGGCGAUAUCACCCUCAAUAAAGGAGCCAUCAGUGGUGCCUAUUGAAGUGUCACCAUCUCUGCUUCUUGAUGAGAUUGAAGCUGCAGAGUCUGAGGGUAAUGAUGACCACAUCGAGGGACUGCUGUGUGGAGCGGUCAAACAGCUCAAAUCGAACCGAGCAAAACCUGACAUAACGCUGUACCUCAGUCUCAUGUUCCUGGCCAAAAUCAAGCCCAACGUUUUUGCUACCGAAGGAAUUAUUGAGGCUUUGUGCAGCCUCCUGCGUCGAGAUGCUUCGAUCAACUUUAAAGCGAAGGGGAACAGCCUGGUGUCUGUUCUUGCUUCCAAUCUGCUGAUGGCAGCUUACGAGGAGGACGAGAACUGGCCAGAGAUCUUUGUAAAAGUGUACAUUGAGGAUUCUCUGGGGGAAAGAAUCUGGGUUGACAGUUCUCACUGCAAGACUUUUGUUGACAACAUCCAGACUGCUUUUGGGACAAAGAUGCCUCCCAAGAGUAUGCUGCUGCAGGCUGACACAGGCCGCUCAGCUGGAGAUCUCAGUGCAGGUAGCAGCCCUCAUCCCUCAACCCCUGAUGAGGACGACUGCCAGACUGAACUGCUGAUAGCUGAGGAGAAACUCAGCCCUGAGGAUGAAGGGCUGAUCAUGCCGAGGUAUGAAGAACUGUCAGAGAGUGUGGAGGACUACGUGCUGGAGGUCCUUAAGGAUCAGCUGAACCGCAGGCAGCCGAUGGACAACGUGUCCCGGAACCUGCUGCGUCUGCUCACUGCCACCUGUGGCUACAAAGAGGCACGACUCAUGGCUGUACAGAGGCUGGAGAUGUGGCUGCAGAACCCAAAGCUGACUCGCCCUGCCCAGGACCUCCUCAUGUCUCUGUGCAUGAACAGCAUCACCCAGGGAGCAGAUGACAUGGAAGUGAUCUCUAACCUGAUCAAGAUCCGACUCAAACCCAAAGUCCUCCUCAACCACUACAUGCUGUGUGUCAGGGAGCUGCUUAAUGCUAACAGAGACAACCUGGCCACGAUGGUGAAGCUGGUGAUCUUCAACGAGCUGUCCAAUGCCAGGAACCCUAACAACAUGCAAGUCCUGCACACAGUGCUGCAGCACAGCCCCGAGCAGGCUCCAAAGUUCCUAGCGCUGGUGUUCCAGGACCUGCUCACCAAUAAGGAUGAUUACCUGCGUGCCUCCAGAGCCUUGCUGAGAGAGAUCAUCAAACAGACCAAGCAUGAGAUUAACUUCGGGGCCUUCUGCUUCGGAUUAAUGCAGGAGAGAAAGGAGACUAUCUAUUUGGAACUGGAAUUCAAAGAGCGUUUUGUUAUCCAGGUGACAGACUUACUGACUGUCUCCAUGAUGCUGGGCAUCACUGCUCAGGUCAAAGAAUCAGGCCUUGCAUGGGACAAAGGGGAGAAGAAGAAUAUCCUAUCUCCCCCAGCCUCUUCUUCUUCUUCUUCUUCAGCGACAGGAGGAUGUGCCACGGAGUCAGAUGUUCAACUGGACUUCUGCCCGCUCGUCCACGACUUGGCCUUUAUCUACGCCUGUCUUCUCCUCGAUGGUCUGUUCUCCUCUCCUCUCCAAGUGGCAUACUUGCCAACGAGUGGACCACCCUCACGUGAAGUCUCUCUCGCAGUGAUGGCGGAGGGAAGCGGGUUGAAGAGGAAGAUGAGGAGCAAACGUGGGACAGUCGGAGCAACAAAACAAUGCUUUUUAAAACCUCAGCCAGUACAUGGCACUGCGCACUCUGUUGUAGUCGGGGAGCUGCUCGCAGGGACCUGCGUUCUGGGACCAGUGCAUCAUAUCUUCAAUCUUGAGCUUGUCGGCCACAAAGUAGAUGCCCAGCAGGCCGGUGUUGCUGUAGGACGAGUGGAAGGCCUGGAAGCUGUGGCACAAGUCCUCCUCCACGGCCAGGCGGGCCAGACGACUGCUCAGCUUGAUGUCCUGGUGCACCGCCUGGUGAUACUGCUGGCUGAUAUCGGAGACUCAAAGUCUGUUGAGGGCCGCGUGUCAGACGCCAACCUCGCCUGCAGGAAGCUGGCUGUGUCUCACCCCGUCCUUCUGCUCAGGCACCUGCCUAUGAUUGCAAGCCUCUUACAGGGUCGUAUUCACCUGAACUUCCAAGAGUUUAGGCAGCAAAACCACAUGACGUUCUUUAGCAAUGUGCUGGCCAUCCUGGAGCUGCUGCAGCCGCUUGUAUUCCACAGCGAGCACCAGAUGGCGCUUCAGGACUGCCUUCUGUCCUUCAUGAAGGUUCUUCGGAACUUCCAGAGGACUCGUUCCCCGUUUGUCUUCAUCACCAAGUUCUUGCAGUUCACACAGAAAUACAUCACCCGCGAUGCAUCGUCCGCCAUUCCCUACUUACAGAAGCACUCUGACAUCUUGCAGGUUCUGUGUGCAGAAAACCCAGAACUGGUUCAGCUGAAGUCUCUGCUGGCUGGACUCACUCUGCCGGUGAGGAGGUCUUCAUCAGAGGUCUACCCAGAGGAGGGAGAGGACGACGUGUCCACUGGUUCCCUGCCCCUGGUCAGCAUCUCUGCCUCUGUGUCUCUGAGUGCGGCUGACAUGACGAUGUACUUGAAGAAGAUGUCAAGAGGAGGGGCAGUGGAGGAUGUGCUGGAAGUGUUGACAGAGGUGGAUGAGAAGUCGAGGAGGAGCCCAGAGAUCAUCCAGUACUUCAUCAACGAUCUGCAGAGGCUCAUGACGUCCUCGGAGGAUUUGUGUCGGAACCUGGCCUUCAGUCUGGCCCUGCGCUGCAUCCAGAACAAUCCCUGCCUGGCAACAGACUUCCUGCCAACCUUCAUGUACUGUAUGGGCAGCGGUAAAUUUGACGUGGUGCAGACGGCCCUCAGGAAUCUUCCAGAAUAUGUCCUCCUCUGUCAGGAACACGCAGACAUCUUGCUCCACAAGGCAUUUUUAGUGGGGAUCUACGGGCAGAUCGACACCAGUUCCAUGAUCGCAGAGUCAAUGAAGGUCCUUCACAUGGAAUCAACAACCUAACAACCAAAAGCACACAACUACAACACACCAUGUUCAAAAUGGCGUCAUUCAAUUUCUUCAUUCCAGAGCUGGAUUUAUUUGAAUGUCUUUAGUUCAAACAUUGGUCAAAUUAGGUCAUGGCAGAUGUAUAAAGUCUGUGGCUCUUCAUUGGUACAGAUUCAAGGACCAAUCAGUGAUCUGUUAGCUAACAGUCAGAUAAUAACUCCUAAUAAUCUAAAUUAGAAGUAAUUCAUGUAAUGACUUAAAUUUAGUGACUUCAAAGAAUGCAUUAAAACUCCCUCUAAAGCUGAAAAUGUAAUCAUUCAAACAUCUUAUAAAAUGCAACUUAUUUUUAACUAAUGAUAUAUUUACCAAUUAUCAUAAAAGAUAACUAGGAUUGGAAUAUUACAAGGUGAUCUUAUUCUACAAUCGGUUAAAGAAAACAUAGUAUCUCCUAAAUAAUUAAAUUAAUCUUGCAGUAAAAUAAUACAUAUUAUUUUAAAAACAUCACUUUUUAUUGCAUUUUCAUACAUUCCGUGGGAGUCGUUGCAGUAAUACAUAACAGCCAUAAAUGAUUACUAGAUGCAGAGCUUGAUGUUUAUUUAGAAAAUGGCACACUAUAUUCGGCUUGAUAUUUGUAUUAGUUCGAAUAUGAAAUGUCAACAUUGUUGUAUGAUCAAAUAACUACAUGCUUCAUAUGUCGUUGUUUUUAAUUAACAACAAAUAUUUCAAUAUUUCAUGGUCCCCCAUUCAGUGUUGUAGCGUUACAGUAGCAACUUGGCAUAACUGAAUGUGGUUUUUUCAUUUGACUUUUCUUACUAUUAAGAAUAAGCAGCCAAAAUGCCAAUGCCUGAAUACAAUGUCCAUGUUAAUUAACAUCAUCUGUGAGCCACCAUGAUUUAAACUGAAAUAAAAAUACCUUUCUGAGUAA